AUGGCGACCCCAAUCCUUAUCUCCCACGACCCCUCCCCCGCCUCCGACUCCGGCCUCUCUCUCAAGCAGAUUGCCUACUUCGGCCGCGUCCUGGUCAAGGUCUCUACACUCGCUCAGGCAGAGCAAUUCCUGCGACAGAAUUUCCGCACCCUUGAUGUCUUCGUCGACGCGACUGAGGUCUCCUCAGCGGGGGAUCUUGUUGACAUUCUUAACGCCGGUGCCGCCAAGAUCUUGAUCACUUUGGAUCAAUUGACCACCCUCUCUGAGGAGCAAUCUGUGCCCUCAUCCCGCUUGCUCGUCAAUGCCCAAUCAGACUCCCAACUGGAUACCCUUCAGCAAUGGAUCGCCGCCAAUCCCGAGCGUAACGAGGCCAGCGUUUACACCGCACCCGCUGCCGUCCCCGCCGCCGCCGAGAAAUUGAAGAUUGCUUCCGACUCACCACGCCUCUUUGCUACAAUCACUGGACAGGUUUCAGAGGAUGCUAUCUCGCAGGUCACACAAAAGGGCGCAAUUGCCGUCGUUUCAUCUCAGACAUUGACCGUUGAGCGGGAUGUCGCGGGCAAGGUUUCUGCUGCCAAGCUUAUUGCGUCGCGCGCGGUUACUGAUCAGGCCAAUGGUCUGUACGCGACCUCGGUGACCGAUGAGCGAGGUGCAUGCCUUGGUUUCGUCUGGAGUAGCGACGAGAGCAUCGUCGAGGCCCUCCGCACAGGAACUGGUGUUUACCAGAGCCGAAAGCGUGGGCUGUGGUACAAGGGUCAGUCCAGCGGUGAUGUGCAGGAGCUAAUUCGCAUUGGCUUUGACUGUGAUGCCGACUGUUUGGUUUUCGUUGUCAAGCAAAUUGGACGUGGCUUCUGCCACCUCGGUACUGAGACUUGUUUCGGUGCCUCUGCUGGCCUGUCUCGUCUUCAGAAGACUCUGGACGCUCGCAAGGCCGACGCCCCUGCCGGAUCAUACACUGCUCGCCUCUUCAACGAGCCUAAGCUUAUUGAUGCUAAGAUCAUGGAAGAGGCUGAUGAAUUGUGCCGCGCUCAGACCAAGGAAGAGGUUGCUUUCGAGGCUGCCGAUCUGUUCUACUUCGCCCUGACUAAGUGCACCGCUGCCGGUGUCAGCCUCGAGGAUAUCGAGCGCAACCUUGACCUGAAGAGCUUGAAGGUCAAGCGCAGAAAGGGUGACGCCAAGGGCCCGUGGGCUGAGAAGGCCGGCUUGGCCAAGCCUGCACCCACUCCUGCCCCUGCUCCCGCGCCUGUAGAGGACCGCACAUCUCGCAUUGAGAUGACGCGUGUUGUUACCUCCUCUACUACCCCCAAGGUCGUUUCUGAUUACCUCAAGCGUCCCUCUCAAAAGUCUAAUGAUGCCAUCGUUGCAUUGGUGAAGCCAAUCAUCCAGGAUGUCCGUGACGGCGGUGACGCCGCGGUCCUCAAGUACACUCACAAGUUCGAGAAGGCUACCUCACUCACCUCCCCCGUCAUCAAGGCACCUUUCUCUCCCGAGCUCAUGAAGUUGGCUCCUGAGGUUCAGGAGGCACUUGAUGUCAGCAUUGGCAACAUCGAUCGUUUCCACUCUGCACAGAAGGGAAGCAACGACGCCCUCCACAUGGAAACCAUGCCCGGUGUCGUUUGCUCCCGUUUCUCCCGUCCUAUCGAGCGUGUUGGUCUGUACAUUCCUGGUGGCACUGCCGUGUUGCCCUCCACCGCCAUGAUGUUGGGUGUCCCUGCCAUGGUGGCAGGCUGCCAAAAGAUCGUCCUUGCCUCGCCUCCCCGCUCGGACGGUAGCAUCUCCCCCGAGAUCGUGUACGUCGCCCACAAGGUCGGUGCCGAAAGCAUCGUUCUUGCUGGUGGUGCUCAGGCUGUGGCUGCCAUGGCCUACGGCACCCAGAGCAUCACCAAGGUCGAUAAGAUUCUUGGACCUGGCAACCAGUUCGUGACAGCUGCCAAGAUGUACGUGUCCAACGACACCUCCGCCGGUGUCAGCAUCGACAUGCCCGCUGGUCCCAGUGAAGUUCUUGUGAUUGCCGACAAGACCGCCAACCCGGCCUUUGUCGCAUCUGACCUGCUCAGUCAGGCCGAGCACGGUGUUGACUCCCAGGUCAUUCUCAUUGCCGUCGACCUGAGCGAGGAGGAGCUGCGCGCCAUCGAGGACGAGGUCGAUGCCCAGGCUAAGGCCCUUCCCCGCAUGGAUAUCGUUCGCGGUUCGCUCGAGCACUCCGUCACCUUUGUCGUUCGCGACAUUAACGAGGCCAUGGUCCUCAGCAACGACUACGCCCCUGAGCACUUGAUCCUGCAAGUCCAGAACCCCGAGUCUGUUGUCGAGCAGGUCCAAAAUGCAGGCAGCGUUUUCAUCGGUCCCUGGACCCCUGAGAGUGUUGGUGAUUACUCCGCUGGUGUGAACCACUCAUUGCCUACCUAUGGUUAUGCCAAGCAAUACUCUGGUGUCAACUUGGGUUCCUUCUUGAAGCACAUCACCAGCUCCAACCUUACUGCCGACGGUCUGCUCGGCCUUGCCAAGACUGUCGAGACCCUUGCUGCCGUGGAGGGUCUUGAGGCGCACAAGCGUGCUGUGAGCAUUCGUGUUGCUCAAAUGAAGAAGAACCAGUCAUAG